AUGAACCUCGCUUUUGAGAACCACCUUAAGAUCAAGCUGCGCCUCCAUAUCAUUGUUGGCGUGUUACUUUUCCUGAACUUCGUCCUCAUCAUUGCACGCAUAGCGAAUAAGGGUACGCCCAAGACCAGGUCAAACACCUGGGGUAUUGUCGUGCGGUUCAAGCGCUGGGCAAGUGAGAAGGCGUACAUGAUCCUCAACCUUAUCGAUACCGUUUUCUGGUUUGCUCUCUUCAUCAUCACCAUCCUGGGAACGGUCGGCGCACACAGUCCGAGCAGCGGUGCUCUCGGUGGCAUUGUCGCUACGAUAAGCAUAAUUUUGUGUGGACUCGUCGGCUUUCUCACUUUCAUCUGUUUUCGCGGAUGGAGAUACUUCAAACAAUAUGGCGUCCUUCCAGGCACGUUUAAAGGAUCGAACUAA